GGUACUGGCGGAACGAGCGCGACAGGACGAGGAGCUCCUCGCAACCAGUCCUUUUGUCAUAGAAGACAAAGAAAUGAUGGAAUGUAUCCAGGAAUUCCCCGAACACUAUAAAGUUAUUUUGGAUAGACUGAAUGAACAACGUGAGCAGGACCAAUUUACAGAUAUCACUCUGAUUGUCGAUGGUCACCAUUUCAAAGCUCAUAAGGCUGUUCUUGCUGCCUGUAGCCAGUUCUUCUACAAAUUCUUCCAAGAUUUCACUCAGGAGCCCUUGGUGGAGAUUGAAGGUGUAAGCAACAUGGCUUUUCGUCACCUAAUUGAGUUCACCUAUACAGCAAAACUAAUGGUCCAAGGUGAGGAAGAAGCAAAUGAUGUUUGGAAAGCAGCUGAGUAUCUACAGAUGUUAGAAGCGAUCAAAGCUCUUGAAAUCAGGAACAAAGAAAAUUCAUCACCCUUCAAAUCAAAUCAAAUGCAAGAUAAAAAUAAACUGAAAAAGAGGAAGAUAGCUGAAACCUCUAAUGUUAUCACAGAAACGCUGCCAUCUGCAGAAUCGGAGCCUGUUGAAAUUGAGGUUGAGAUUGCUGAAGGGACAAUUGAAGUGGAAGAUAACAGCAUCAAAACACUUGAAGUAGCUUCUGCAGAGCAAUCUAUAAAGUACAUACAGACAACAGGUACAUCAGAUGAAUCUGCUUUGGCUCUUUUGGCAGAUAUCACCAGUAAGUAUCGUCAGGGAGAGACAAAAUGCCAGAUCCAAGAAGAAGGUGAUAGAGCAACUGAUCCCUCAUGCAAACAGGAACAUAUGAAAACACACACUACUGAGAGUUACAAGUGUGACAUAUGCAAUAAAAGGUACCUACGAGAGAAUGCUUUGAAACAGCACCUAACCUUUUACCACCUUGAUGAACCUGGUGCCAUCAAGAAGCAAAGACCUGGCAAAAAAAUACAUAUAUGCCAGUACUGCAAUAAGCAGUUUGACCACUUUGGACAUUUUAAAGAGCACCUUCGGAAGCACACAGGUGAAAAACCAUUUGAAUGUCCAAACUGCCAUGAACAUUUUGCUAGGAAUAGCACACUCAAAUGUCACCUGACAGCUUGUCAGUCUGGAGUUGGAGCUAAAAAGGGAAGAAAGAAGCUGUAUGAAUGCCAGGUUUGUAACAGCAUGUUUAACAGCUGGGAUCAAUUUAAAGAUCACUUGGUGAUACACACUGGUGACAAACCCAACCACUGUACCUUAUGUGAUUUGUGGUUUAUGCAAGGCAGUGAGCUGAGAAGGCAUCUCAAAGACAUGCACACUAUUUCAGAACAAGUAGUGACAGAAGAGGUUCUUCCAGUGGAAGCUAUGGAAGCUGAACCAAUAACAUCAAUGACUAUAAUAGAGCAAGUGGAGCAAGUCCAUGUCCUACCAGUAAUUCAGGUACAAGUGGAUCCUGCACAGGUAACUGUGGAACAAAUGCACCAGGGUCUCAUACAGGACAGUCAAGUGAAAGGCACACAGGUGGAGGAACUGCAAGAACAGUUGCAAAUUAGUUACUUGGAAGUUGAACACAUUCAGACUGAGCAAGGUGCUGAAGUUCAUGUGGAGCAGUUACAUGUUGAGCAUGUAAAUCAAAUACAGAUGGAAGAAGUACAGGCAGAACUUAUAGGUGGAACAGACCUGGAACAAGUGGAAUAUGAGAGUGUUGAUCAAAAAGAAGCAGAAGAAAAGGAAGCUAGUCAAGUAGAUGAUGUAGCUAAGGAAGAUGAUGAAUAA